CGGUCGCUCUCAAGGAGUCAUCUCGGUUUUGUUGGUUCCUAAAGGAUUUUUUUUUAAUAAAAGAGAAUAAAAUUCUUUUAAAUAAAACAAUUUUCGGAGGCAUCUCAAAGGACUCGAAAAAAUUAUCAAAUAAUAUUUUACUCACUUCCAAGUACUUGUCAAAAGUCUCUUAGAAAGCUGUCAACAAGACUAGAGAGAAUUUAUUAAUCAAUUGCACGUGUUAAUUCCAGAUUUCGAGAUGGUGAAUCUGAAGAACGCCUUGGGUGCUGAUGAGCUUACCGAUAAGAAGGUCGGUCUUCCUCGUGCUCUUCUGGCAGAAUUUUUAGGCACCUUAUUACUGAACUUCUUCGGCUGCGGUGCCGUGUUGACCGGAGAUGUUACCGCCAUCAGCUUGGCCUUUGGUUUGACGGUAGCGUGCGCAAUUCAAGGGAUAGGACACGUCUCUGGAGGUCAUGUCAAUCCGGCGGUCACACUCGGUCUUGUCGUCAUUGGGAAGGUUCCAAUUAUUAGAGGCAUUUUGUAUGUUGUGGCGCAAUGCGUGGGCGCUAUCGCAGGUUCAGCGAUUCUAAGGGCUCUUUCGAAUGACAAACUGGAGGACUUUCUAGGCGUGGUGAAGCUUGCUGAAGGGAUUACUCCAGUGCAAGGAUUCGGCGUGGAAUUCUUCCUUGCGUUGAUCUUGGUGUUGGUAGUUUGCGGGGUAUGCGAUGCCGCUAAACCGGACAACAAAGCCAUCACGCCUCUCAUAAUCGGUGUGGCGGUCACUGUUAGUCAUCUCGUCGGAGUACCGCGAACGGGUGCGGGGAUGAAUCCAGCACGUUCGCUGGGCAGCGCCGUGGUGAUGGGCGCUUUCAAAGAUCAUUGGGUGUAUUGGGUGGGUCCGAUUAUGGGCGGUAUGGCCGGUGCACUCCUCUACGUGCAUGCUAUCGGACCCGCCAAGCAACCAGAAGCGCCCACCAGGACCUAUGCUUCCGUCUCCACCGAGGAAAAGGAGAGGUUCGAGUACAUUGACAGCGGACGUGGCGGACUUUAAGAUAUGAAGAUGCUCAGACAUACAAGAGCGAGUUAGUGAUUUGCCUAAACUCCAGACUCUUACCAACAGGAAAAACGUCAAUCCCGCUUGAUGCUUUAACCGAUUCUAACUUCUUCUGCCAACUCGCCAAUCGUCUAUGUGAUAAGAAUUAUCAGACGACUCUUUUAUACAUAUAAAAACUGCAGGUGUAUGUUUUAAAACUGAAAUUAAUGAAAUUACACAGCUUACAGAGUGGUUUUAGAAA